AUGUCGUUAGCGAAGUCGCCUCCUAAGCCUGCGACGAUCCACUCAGGGCUCACAGCGGCACGUCUCACUUCACCGACAUUCCAAAUUCCCGUCAUCGGACCCACUGCAGGGGCUGCAGUGAAUGUGAAUGUACAGGGCGGGAGUAUGAGCAGUAGCGGAUCGGACCAGCCACACCUCGUAUCGCUCGCGCUACAGUCGAAGAAGGCACUGCAGCAUGGAGAACAGCUGUGCACGCGUGCACACGUUGCAUCAAACGCGUCGGCGCAAGCGGCUGUGGAUGUUCUUGCACUCGACGCGAAAGUGCGGUGGGUCGUCGAGGCUGUCAUCGAGCAGUUGAAGCUCGCACGCAGCGUGGCGAAGAGCAUCGAAGAGAAACGUACGCUUCUCGAGAAGCAGGUCAGCGAAUGGGACACAGCCCGGAUUAAGCAUACGGACGCGCUCGAUGGCAUCCUCGAGUCGCUCGGCCAGCAACUUGUCCCACCCGACUUUCAUGAGACCUCCGCCGACUCGUCUCUCUUCGGAAGCCAGCAUGGCUCGGACGACGAGCACGACAACCCCGGCGCGAUGUUCACCUCGAGCCCGAAGACGACGAUGAAGAGCCCCGGCAGCCCCAGCUCCGUACGACGAAUCGGAGGCGGAAACACGCAUGUGCACGGGAGCAUCAGCGCACAGACCCUGCCGUCAAUGUCACCUACGUCGCCUGUGUCGCCUUCCGCUACGUUGCGCAGGAAUAGCCCAUUAAAAGGGAAUGGGAGUGCUGAUCCAAAGGGGAAGAGCAAAGAGAUUGGGGGAGGAGGAAGGCAUGAGGAUAGGCGAAAGUGGAAGACGCUGAGAGACUUUGUUGCUGACCACAAUGUUGAGGCUGCUCUUGAGGAUAUGGAGAAGGAUCGUUCAAGGCUGGACGAAAUUCUUGGAACUACAGGCGACUUCCCUGAGCGUCUCAUACGGACAAUCAAUUCCAUUCACUCCUCACUACCUGUACCCGAACCAAGCGAGCCCAGCGCUUUGAAACAGACGCAGGACAUCGUUACAUCCCAAGAAAACAUAGUCACGACAAUGGCCGGUGUAUUGGAAAAUCUCGCUGGUCAUUAUGACAAUAUGGCUGGUGCCUUGAAGGACACAGAGGCUGGAGAAGCCUUUUCCGAAGAAGAGCUACAAGUUAUGAAUAGAGAUACGGAGGAACUAUCGACGAUUAUGGCUGAGCUGGAGGAGAACCUACUGUCUAUUGAGGGAUACCACAAGCAGCUGGUGACACAUAAAGACGAUCUACAGAAAGACUUGGACCAUUUAAGCAGCGUUGUGUAUGACCUUGACGAGCUAGCCAAAAUCAUGGAUGACAUGCUCGUCGAACAAGACAACGUCGAUGUUGAAGCAGAGGAACAAAUGAACGUGCUGCAUCACCACCUGACAGUCCUUGACGAACUGCAUGCCCACUACGUCUCCUAUCGCAUGGCGUUCAACAAGCUCGUCCUGGAAAUGGCGCGUCGGCGACAGUACAGGGAGGCUGCUGAGAACAUUGUACGCGGGAUGAUGAGGCAGCUGGAGUCGAUGACGGAAGAGGAGACUCACGUCAGAUCACAUUUUAACGCAGAAUAUGGCUCGCACUUGCCCGACGAUCUAUGUCUCUGCAUAAGUGAUCCCCCGACAAGGUGGGGAGUCGCUCCUCUGGAUGGCACAUCUCCAGAAGUAUUGCCUGAAAUUGACAGUGACAUAAUUGCGGAGGCGAGCGAACGGGUGGGAUAUUCAGAAGGACCGCCUGGAGCAGAGAGUCUGUAG